UAACAAGUUUCCAUCUGGGAAUUCACGUGGCAGCGGUCACAAUGGGAAGGGGGUUGGGGCAUCAGAGUGAGAUGCCCUCCGGAAGGACGCAAGGCUACUCGGUUGCCCGGGAACGACCGUGUCAACAAGAGCCGGAUAUAUAUAUUCUUUAGUUAUAUACAUUCGACGCUCACGGUUGUGUUUUAUUGUUGUUCGUUGUUGCUAUUGUUGAGUGAACAACACGGGAUUGUUGGCUGUCGAGGCCCCGUGGGAUGCGAGAGAGAUAGGCAGAGAUGUUUCGCCCGCAAAUGUGAGCGAACGGAUUAAAGGGAUUGCAGUCGGAGCGAGUUUGGUUGGGAUCGAGGCAGCGUGAUGGAGCAGGUGAAGAAGCCCCCAAUGUGUGCUCCUGGACGCUGGUGCUGGAGGGAUGAGACAAAGUCUCUGGAGUUCGUGAGUGCUUUCGCAUCACCAGACGGGAAAGAGAGGAAGAAGAGGCACAAGGGGCUUCUGCUGCGAGAGGUUGGGGUGAGGCACAGCGACAGGGCAUCGACGUAUGAAGGAAGUGUGAGCAGCUCGACUGGGUGGCGCCCUGGUGGUGGCUCCCUGCAGCCCGCGUCCCAGCAGGAGUCUGACACUGUUACAAUGCACCAUGUGAAAUAUGUUGCACUCAGCACUUUGGAAGAAACUAUUGAAGCCCAGUUGUCACCUUCGUUUGUGGAUAUGAUAAUGACCCAGCAGUUUGAUGAUUUUUUGAAAUCUCUUCUAAGCUACAUGUCAUGUUUCUUUGUCAAAAUUGCACUUGAAAAACGACCAAAACCCCUGAUGGCGGAGCCAAGUGCGUCGGAGCAGCGCGAGCUGGCGGAGGUGCUGGAGGCUGUGGCGCGUGCUCACCAACACGUGGCGUGCACCUACUGCGUGCUGCUGCUGGGCAUCGGCCUCCAGCGGCACCACCACAUGGCCUGUGGCUCGAAAAAAACUUCUUCAACACAUAGUGACAGAAACAUGUAUGAGUACCUGUACGAGCUGUGCAUCUUGGCAUCCUGGGUGACCUUUCGACGGCAAGACCUAGAACUCAUUGAGCAGGAGCUGAGCCGGCUGCUUCGCUCAGAUGCCUUCAACUUAGCCCCGAGGACACGUGAGGAUGACCUGGAGGAGGAAGAGGAAGUUGGCAAUGCAGGGCCUGAGGGCAGGAGAAGAAUUACACAGGCAGAAUUCAGAAAAAUGUACCCAAAACGUCCGGCCAUAAUGAGCGUUGUGACCCAGCGAUCUCCCGCAUUGGUCUCUCUCCUACCGACACCCAAAGAGGAGUCCCUCUACCUAUUCAAGCCACUCCGCUUGCCUGUCCAUACCUCUACACUCCCUGCAACAGCUCCAGGGAUCAGCACAAAACCCGCUGCAGAGGAAUGCCCAGAAAUUAAGGUGGGCAUCAUUGGGGAACCACUAAGCCUGUUUGUUGUGAGCACGCUGAUGCCACUGGAGCCAGAGCAGGAGUGGGGAAAGGAGGAGGAGCUGGAGAUGGUGCCGAAGGAAACUGCAGGACCCAGUGGAGGGGAUUCAGAUCUAGCCUGAACUGUCAGCAUCAUAAUUCAGCCAUUUGGGCAUCAUCCUUGUCACAAACAUAUUUCGUAUAAAAUUGGACAAUUUGACUCCUACACCACCAAGUGAUGCCUGUGGGUUUAAGAAGGCACAAUGACAGGCUGAAAACUUUGCUUUAAAAUGACCUGUGAUUUAAUUAUUUACAAAUGUAUUUUAGGCAAUAGGUUAUAUAACCAAUUCCAGAUUUUGUAUUAUUGCCCAGAGGUUGUUAUUGCAUAAUACAUGUUCUCAAAGGUCACUCCCCUAAUACUCUUAUAUAAGCGCACAACUUUAUCUGUGAUGAACGCUGCACUUUCCGUCGUUUUCAUGCAGGGGGCGCUGCAAACCUACGCGCCCCCUGCAUGAACGACGGAGGCGCAAGGACAGACGUUUGAUUAUGUUGGAAUCGAUCUGCAGACGGCGGUCUUCUCGCACGGCCAGCUCUGUGUCGCCUCAUCUCGAUCCCGCAAUCUCAAACAGGUGAAAGUUCGCAUCGAACCGAACCCCCAGCAAGGCCAUCUACUUAAACACGAAAGAAAAAGCACACGAAAUGUCCUUUUCAAUUAAGUCUUCCAGAUGUAAAAUGAUAUCAGUUUUUAAUUAAGAAAUAAAAUUAUCGAAUUCAAAACAUAAUACAAUUCUUAGAUGUUUCAUUUCAAAACGGAGCAUCGGGUGCUUGCAUGAAUGCGUCGUUCGUGUGAAUUUUUUGUGACUUUCCUGGCCGAAGGCCGUAAAUGUUUGUGAGGGGUGCCAAUCAAUUGGUUAUUGGUUAUUUUGGAUAAAAACAACAGCACUUCCCCCUGUGUAUCUCAAACAGUAAGCAUUCUAAUUAUGAAGCUAAACAUGUAACUGUUGGCUUCCCCACAAAGCGGAAGUCAUUUAUCAUCAGAGAUAUGAUGUGUUAAUGUAACACUCAACCAGGAUUUUAACUCACAGUCUUGUGGUUAGUAAGCUUGUGUUAGUAAGCUUGUGUUAGUAAGCUUGUUAAUCUACCGCGGAGC